AAACACAGAGAGAGAGACAGACAGAAGCAGAAGAGGAAUGAAAGAAGAGGGAAAAGCAGAAAGAGAGAAAGCUUGAAACUGCAUCUGAACCUCAGGAGGUAACUGAGCUGUCAGCCAGGUAACCAGUCAGCCAGGAAGUAAGAUGACCAGUCAGUUACUGGUUGACAUUUUUAGUCAGGAAGUCAGUUUGUAAGACAGUCAGUGAACUAAUCAGUCAGUCAGAUAGUUGGUAACAUCAUUCAGUUAGCUGGUUAGUCACUUAUCUGGCCAGUUAAUCAGUUAGUUAGUCAUUUCGUAAGUCUUUUAGUUAGUUCAACCAGUCAGACAGUUGGUUAGUCAGUCAUCCAGUUAAUCAAUAUUAAUUCAUUCAAUUUGUGUGAGAGUCCUCUAGUUGGCUGGUUAGUUGGGCAGUUCCUCAGCUUGGUAGUUAUUUGGCCAGUUUAUUGGUUAGUUGUCAUUUUGUUAGUCAAUUGGUUCAAGAGCUCAUAAGUUAAUCAAUUACUCAGUCAUUCAGACAUAAAUGUGGGUAGUCAGCCAGUUAGUUAGUUGGUCAUUCUGGCAGGUUGUCAGCCACGUCAGAUAUUCAAUAAGUUUAUUUAAUCAGUUGGUCAAUUUUUAUUAUUUUAGUUUACUUAUUCAGUCAGUAAGUCUUUCAGUAAGUUAGUUAGCCAGUUGGUUGAUGGGUUAUCAGUUUUAUUCAGGUACCUAUUUAGUUAGUUCGUGGUUUAGUCAGUUAUUUUCAGUCAGUUUUUCUGGUGGGAAUGCAGUUAACAAAUUAACCACCAGCAACAGCAAGUCACAGUUAUUCAUCCAUCCCUGCAGCCAGUCAGCUGGUCGGUGAGGGGAGUGUCUUUCUGCUCUGCUGCCUCCAGCUGAGUGGUAGUCAGUCAUCCAGUCAUCCAGUGAUCCAGCCUCCCACUCAGUCACUCAGUCAGUCAGUCAGUCAGUCAGACAGUCGGUGGGUGUAGUGUAGAUGCAGGGCUGCUGGUCAGCUGCUCUGGACACCUCAUAUCUCCCUCAGGAUCUCACACUGUUGAAUCAGCAGAGGAGCUACUGAGAGGUUUAUAGCGGUCAUCACUAUGACUGAUGGGGAUUAUGACUACCUUAUAAAGCUCCUUGCCCUGGGGGACUCCGGCGUGGGGAAAACCACCUUCCUGUACCGAUACACAGACAACAAGUUCAACCCCAAGUUCAUCACCACAGUCGGCAUCGACUUCAGGGAAAAGAGAGUGGUGUACACAGCGUCCAACCCAAAUGGGACGACCACAGGGAAAACCUUCAAGGUUCACCUUCAGCUCUGGGACACAGCUGGACAGGAGAGGUGGGCUGCAUCUUCAGAAAGAAACCAAUCAGGAUAAUGGCUUAUCUUUGUAUUAGUCUAGCUUGUCAUGCUUUGUCAUUUGUGAUAUCUUGGAUUGCUGUUU